CGUGACCCAAUAUAAAUACUGGUCAUUUCUAACCGCAGCUUCUCCCACUCGUCUCGUAAACCCUAGAUCAGGCGGCCGAGCUCUCCAUCGCUCCUCCCCAUUUCUCGAAAAUGAAGGUUGUCGCCGCUUACUUGCUCGCUGUUUUGGGCGGGAACACCACUCCCUCUGCUGAAGAUGUCAAGGAAAUCUUGGGCUCAGUUGGGGCUGAAGCCGAGGAUGACAGAAUUGAACUCCUACUAUCUGAAGUCAAGGGCAAGGACAUAACCGAGCUCAUUGCCUCCGGAAGGGAGAAGUUCGCCUCAGUUCCAUCCGGUGGUGGUGCUGCCAUGGCCGUGUCGGCACCCGCUGCUGGUGGCGCUGCACCAGCUGCAGCUGCUGAGACCAAGAAGGAAGAGAAAGUCGAAGAGAAGGAAGAAUCCGAUGAUGACAUGGGAUUCAGUUUGUUUGACUAAGUGCUCUUUUGUUCUGCUUUUUGGAGAAAUCAUCAAGAGUUAUUAGGCAAACAUGUCGAACAAUCCAUAGCGCUUGCAUUUUGAGCCUUUUUAUGCUCUUGUUAUCUUCUUUUGCAUUAAGCUAGUCAUUUUUCUGUUUUGUUUUGUUUGUGUACCUGCGGAUUAAUUAGUAUUGAUUAAGAUUUAUGAAUUUCUCACAUGGAAUUGGUAUCUAAAUCAGCAUUUGCAAA